UAUACGGACUCUGCCGUCCUGGGAAAUGGGAAUUGCCAUUGGCAAUUAGCUUCAUUAUUCAAUAUUCAUUUCAACAGAAAACCAACAAACUGCCAGACGUCGUGAGUGCCGGUUCUCAAAUUUUAAGGACCUGUUCAUUUUUACUGUCAUUUCUUCUUGAACGGUCUUUAGCCGCGAUGGCAGCCCCAGUGACCAGGGCUGAAGUUCUCAAAAUCUACAAGACCAUGUUGAGGGAGAGUAGCAAGUUUUCAUUCUACAACUACAGGAUGUACGCAGUCAGACGCGUGAAAGAUGCGUUCAGGGAGCAAAAGGCGGUCAAUGAUACUUCAGAAAUCCAACAGCACCUGCUUGAGGCGCACAGGUUUUUGGAUAUCAUCAAGCGACAAGCCAUUGUUGGAGACUUGUACAAAUUUGAUAAGCUCGUAAUCGAAGUAGAUAAUAAUGAAAAACAUUAGUUUGUGGAUCAUGCUGGAUUUGAGAGGCUGAGAGUGUUAUUGAAUUUACCAGUCAAAUUUUCAAAUGUCUACACGCAAGUUUUUUUAAUUGAUGAUUGUUCCUAUGUUCAAUACUAGUAUAUAUUAUUAUAUUGAUCAACACCAUCAUUGCUUGCAUUGUGUGAGAUUAAAUAUGUACUGAAAAUUUUAAAAACUGAUAGCAACAACCAGUUUUAUAAAAAUUAUGUGUGGUGCAUUAAGCAUUUUAUUUUUGUACAUUGUAAACCACUAUAAAAAAUUAUAAUAGCAGAUAAAUAUCUUAUGAUUGUCUUUGCUUUUGAUAAUAUAUUGUAAUAUUGUAUAGUUAUUAGUAACAUUUCUCAAUGAAGUAUAAAAUUUAUUAAAUAUAAUAUUUUUAUUGA